AUGGAUAUUAUACGGCAUAAGAAGGCUUGUGUAUAUAUGGCCGUAGAGGAAAUUUUGCAUGAUCAGAUGAUGCAGAUAGCGGUUGUCCUCGAUGUUGUUGAUAGGGCAAGGUCCCGGAAACGUAAGCGUAGAGUUCUAGCUGUGCCAUAUGGGAUUGUACAUAGAAUCCCUGAUCAAGUGAAGCACCUUAAUCGAAUUAUAGGUUUUAGCGAUGUCGAUUGUUUACUAAAUUUGAGGAUGGACCGAAAUACAUUCGGUAGACUAUGUCUGCUAUUGAGAGACUUAGGUGGGUUGAAAGAUGGUAGAUUUGUGACUGUGGAGGAGCAGGUUGCGUUAUUUCUGUCUGUACUUGCUCACCACAAAAAAAAUCGGGUUGUAAAGUUCGAUUUUUGGAGAAGUGGGCAGACAGUGUCACACUAUAUUCAUGUUGUGUUGAGAGCCAUCCUGAAUCUCCAUGUUAUACUGUUGGUAAAGCCCACUGCGGUGCAGGAAGAUUCAACCGACCCGCGAUGGAAAUGGUUUAGGGGUUGUUUGGGUGCAUUAGACGGUACAUACAUCAAUGUUAUGGUGCCGAAUAUUGAUAAACCGCGGUAUCGAACGAGGAAGGGACAAAUUUCAACAAAUACACUUGCAGUUUGUGACAAAAAUAUGAAGUUUGUGUACGUUUUGCCGGGAUGGGAGGGAUCAGCGGCGGAUGCUAGAAUCUUGCGCGAUGCGUUGAACAGACCUAAUGGAUUCAAGGUACCCAGGGGCUCAUACUAUCUCGUGGAUAAUGGAUAUGCCAAUUCUGAGGGGUUUCUCGCUCCCUACAAGGGGGUCCGGUAUCAUCUCAAAGAAUGGGGACCGAUGGCUGCACGCCCACAAAAUGCUGAAGAAUUGUUCAAUAUGCGCCACACGAAGGCUCGAAACGUCAUUGAACGUGCCUUUGGUGUUAUGAAGAUGCGAUGGGGGAUUUUGAGGAGCACUACGUUUUAUCCCGUGAAGGUCCAGAAUCGCCUUAUUAUGGCUUGUUUUUUAUUGAAUAAUUUCAUUAGAACGGAGAUGGAUGUGGAUCCUCUCGAGCAAGCAUUCGAUAACUUACCACAAGAUAAUGAGUUCAGUGAACCGGAACAUGGAGAUUAUGUGGAUGCAGUUGAGCCGUCUCCUGAGUGGGCUGCGACUCGUGAUGCCAUUGCCCAAUCGAUGUGGCAACAGUGUCUGAUGGAUAAUCGUGCAAGGUAUCCUGCCCCUUUUUGUUGCUGUGGUAAUGGAAAGAUGUUGCUGCGGUGUGCAGGAUGGAAGGCUCGAAAUGCCGGCCGUUAUUAUUACAAAUGCCCCCUUAACGGUGGCCACGAAGGAGAUUUCUUGUGGUUUGAUGAGGUCCACGCCCAAGGCGAGGCAGCAUUUGCAAACGCACCACCGCCUGUUACAUCAUUUACGAGUAACUCAGUUCCACGAUCAGCAAAUUCCUACACAGACCAUGCACGAGACGACACGGGCGUGGGAAACACAUUCCCUGAAGUUGGCAGGGCAAGGAGAGACACCGACGAACAAAAUAAUUUUAUGUUCAUGGCGAUAGUGUUCAUCUUGCUUGGAUUUGUUGCGGGAAAACUUGUGUAA